CAGGGAGUGACGAGACGAGCCCGCGACGUGUAGAAGGGCCGGGCAUUUUUUUUUUGCAGUACGCGCGAGUGAAAUCAAAGAAGGUUCAUUAUCAAAGUGAGUACAUAUUAUAUAUAAUAUAACGAGAUUAUAAUGUGGACGGAUGAAGAAUCUGCACCGUGGGACAUUGAGGAACCUGCUCCGGAAGCGGGUGCCGAGGGUGCGACGGAAGGUGCGCCCGUUGAGGGUGCAGCUGCUGCCGAGAAACCUGUCUUGAAAUUGUUAAAGCUUGAGCCGCCACAUUACAAUCACCACUGGGUUCGACCACUGUUUCUUAAUUACGCGUAUCUUUAUGAUUAUAGGAAGAACUAUUACGAUGACGUGAUCGAUUAUCUUAAUUCGAGGCAGAAAGGUAUAUACCGCGAGCCACCCAGGGCUCAAGAGUGGGCAGAAAGAGCUAUAAGGACCUACGAUCAAAAGAAUAUGGACAAGAGCUUCAAGCGAUCGGCCGACAUGAAAUACAUGACUAAUAUGACAUUCACAGGCAGACACUACAGUUAUCAUACUCGUGCUUACUAUAGUCUGAAAUACCAGAAGAUUCUGUGAAUUCGCAGACCGCUGUUAAAAGCAAUCAAAAGACAACUAUCAAAGACAAGAAAAUGAAAUUUCACAUAUCCGUUCACGUAUACACAAUCUCUCAAGAUCUUCAUCAAUAUUUACUUUUUGACGUAUGUCUUUCUAAUUGUCUCUA